GUUUUGCUGCAGUAUAAUUAUCAUAUUAUUACCGUAAUAUUUGUUUUUGUACUUAGCUGGUGACUUAGUGUAGGUUGCAGUUCAGUCUCAGAAAGUUUUAAGGAUGCUACUGCCCAUCCGUUAAAAAUCAUCGUAAAUUCAUGUAAAUCUUCAGAGUGCUGUAAUUAGUAUCGCCAACUUAGUUCGCCAAAAAUUUUGGUGACUUUAGUAGUUAAACGUUACCUCGUCUGACUAUUUGUUUUUCCAGUUCCAGUUUUGUAUGUUCGUGAUAGUAAUUAUUUAGGUACUUUAUACGUUUAGUUACUUCAUCAUUAGGUAUUUAGGUAAAAAGUCGGAUGUCCUGUAAAUCAUGAAGAAAAAAAAUUUGAAUGUGUCAGAAACUAAUAAUAACAGAACUGUAAAUAAAUUGUUAGCAACAAUAAAACACAAAUGUACGGGCAAUUUUAUGUUGAUAAUUCUGUGCAGUGAUCUUUGGUUACCGUGGUGGACGGAUGUUGGCUACAAAUGGCACUCAGCGGUUGUUCGAGCGGACUGGUGGUGACGGCGGUGGUGGCGCUGCUGCUGCUGCCGGCGCAGUACUACGUGCCCGAUCUGUACACCGGCGUCGAGGCCCCUCUCGCCGCGUCCGACCAGCUCGACUCGCCCGCCGCGGCCUUCGGGUGGCUCGAUCUAGCGUUCGUUCACUUGCCGCCGCUUGAUCUCUUCGUCACAGUCUCAUUGUUGGUGUUAGGAAUGUUAACAUACCUGUGUGAGUGGAUACAGAGGAAGCUGAUGGAAAGAAGAAUUGUAAAGCUGAACCAGUACCUGGGCGCGAGCGUGGAGCGGCUGCGCGCGUGGGAUGCGCAGCAGGAGCAGCUGGAGGUGACGCUGAAGAUGGUGCAGAACGCGACGUCCGAGUACAACCUGCUGCUGUACCUGCUGCUGCGCCAGCACCGCUGCCUCGCCGCGCACACCGGCCCGCCCUCCAACUGCUUCUUCGACAAAGGCCUCGAGGAAGAUCUCACUUUUUUAAGAAAUCCCACGCUCGACGCGUAGUGCGUGCCACCACGCGUUUAUUAUUUAAUAAUUAUAGUGUUGACUUGUUUA